AUGCGGAGCCUGGGGCUGGGGCUGGGGCUGAGGCUGGGGCUGUUGCUGUUGCUGGGCGCGGCGUGGCUGGCGUGCGGGCAGAACGAGACGGAGCCUAUCGUGCUGGAGGGGAAGUGCCUCGUGGUGUGCGACUCCAACCCCACCUCCGACCCCACCGGCACGGCGCUCGGCAUCUCCGUGCGCUCCGGUAGCGCCAAGGUCGCCUUCUCCGCCAUCCGCAGCACCAACCACGAGCCCUCCGAGAUGAGCAACCGCACCAUGAUCAUCUACUUCGACCAGGUACUAGUGAAUAUCGGCAGCAACUUCGACUCGGAGCGGAGCACUUUUAUCUCGCCCAGGAAAGGGAUUUACAGUUUUAAUUUUCACGUGGUGAAAGUCUACAACAGGCAAACCAUCCAGGUGAGUUUGAUGCUAAAUGGGUGGCCAGUGAUUUCUGCCUUUGCAGGGGACCAAGAUGUGACCCGAGAAGCUGCUAGCAAUGGAGUCCUGAUUCAGAUGGAGAAAGGAGACAGAGCUUAUCUAAAACUGGAGAGAGGAAACUUGAUGGGAGGCUGGAAGUAUUCAACAUUCUCUGGAUUUCUAGUGUUCCCACUUUAA